AUGGCAGGAAUAAUCCGCAUAACCAUGUUCAAAGCACCCACACAAUCCUCCCGAGACGCCCUCCUCAAAAACUACGAAAAGCUAUCUAAAACCGCCGUCAAAAACUCAACCCCCUACAUCCUCUCCCUGCAAGCAGGGGAAUCCCAACCCAACGAUCCCCGCACCCAAGGCUAUUCCGUCGUCGCAAAGACCGAAUUUAAAGAUUUGGAGGAUAUGAAGUAUUAUGAGGAUUCGUGUGAGGCGCAUCGGUGGUUUAAGGGGGAGGUGAAGAAUUUGGGGGUGGAGGGGGUGUGUUGUGUUUUUUUUGAGGCGAGUGUUGUUGGUUAG